CUCGGCUUGGGGGAGCAGGACGAAGCAGUCCCGGUGGAGGAGCUGACUUUAGCGGCCGGUACAGACGGCGUGGCCCGGUGUUGGAGACGUACCUCGCCCCGCUUCCAUUCCCGUGGAUUUUAACGAGCUCGAAGACGAAAGACGUCGGCGCAGUAGCAGAAGAUGUGCGACAACGGGGAGGUGGAGGACAAGCCGCCGGCCCCGCCCAUGAGGAACACCAGCACCAUGAUCGGCUCCUGCGGCAAAGACCCCGCCCCCGUCAAUCACGGCUCCAAACCCCUGCCCCCCAACCCCGAGGACAAGAAGAAGAAAGAUCGAUCCAUUCGCUUCAUCCUGACCGGCGGCGGCGACAAGACGUACAAGAAGAAAGAGCGGCCUGAGAUUUCGCUGCCGUCGGAUUUCGAACACACCAUCCAUGUCGGGUUUGACGCCGUCACCGGGGAGUUUACGGGAAUGCCCGAGCAGUGGGCGCGCCUCCUGCAGACGUCCAACAUCACCAAACUGGAGCAGAAGAAGAAUCCUCAGGCCGUGCUGGACGUUCUCAAGUUCUACGACUCAAAGGAAACCAGCAACAGCCAGAAAUACAUGAGCUUCACUGACAAAAGUGCGGACGUCUUCGUAUCGUCCACCGCAGCGAUCUCCAAGAACGUCUCGGAGACGCCCGCCAUCGCCACCGUGUCCGAAGACGAAGACGAAGACGAAGCCGAGGCGCCGCCCGUCAUCGCUCCGCGGCCGGAACACACCAAGUCGAUCUACACGCGCUCAGUGAUUGAGCCCCUGCCGCCGCCGCCGCCCCCCACCAAAGACGCGGCCACGUCCCCCAUCGCGGCCACCGCCGCCUCUUCCUCCUCCUCGGGGUCCGCCGCCGUCGUCACGCCGCCCGGCGGCCCCGCCGCGGAAGCCGCCGCGCCCGGGAGCCCCCCCGGGGGCGGGAUCCCCGCCCCCGGGCCCUCCCUGCCCCGCCUUCAGGACAAAGGCCGCAAGAAGAAGAUGUCGGACGAGGAGAUCCUGGAGAAGCUCAAUGUGCUCAGGCCGCCCUCUGCUGGGACCAUCGUGAGUGUCGGCGACCCCAAGAAGAAGUACACCCGCUUCGAGAAGAUCGGACAGGGCGCGUCCGGGACUGUUUAUACGGCCAUCGACGUCGCCACCGGACAAGAGGUGGCCAUCAAGCAGAUGAACCUGCAGCAGCAGCCCAAGAAAGAACUCAUCAUCAACGAGAUCCUGGUCAUGAGGGAAAACAAGAACCCCAACAUCGUCAACUACCUGGACAGUUACCUGGUGGGCGACGAGCUGUGGGUGGUGAUGGAGUACCUGGCCGGCGGCUCCUUGACGGACGUCGUCACGGAGACCUGCAUGGACGAAGCCCAGAUAGCGGCCGUGUGCAGAGAGUGUCUGCAGGCGCUGGAGUUCCUCCACUGCAACCAAGUCAUCCACAGAGACAUCAAGAGCGACAACAUCCUGCUCGGCAUGGACGGAUCCGUCAAGCUCACCGACUUCGGCUUCUGCGCUCAGAUCACCCCGGAGCAGAGCAAGCGCAGCACCAUGGUGGGCACGCCCUACUGGAUGGCUCCCGAGGUGGUGACCCGCAAAGCCUACGGGCCCAAAGUGGACAUCUGGUCCCUGGGCAUCAUGGCCAUCGAGAUGGUGGAGGGCGAGCCGCCCUACCUCAACGAAAACCCGCUCAGGGCCCUGUAUCUGAUCGCCACCAACGGGACGCCGGAGCUGCAGAACCCCGAGAAACUUUCGGCCACCUUCCGGGACUUCCUGAACCGAUGUCUGGAGAUGGACGUGGAGAAGAGAGGCUCGGCCAAGGAGCUGCUGCAGCACCAGUUCCUGAAGAUGGCCAAGCCGCUCUCCAGCCUGACUCCGCUCAUCGUGGCCGCCAAGGAGGCCGCCAAGAACAACCGCUAGCUGGCGCACGCCCACCGCCCCUCCUCUUCCUCCUCUACGCCGGACUCUCGGAGGAGGGGGCGGGCACCCAGCCAAUUAUGUCAUUGGUCCGA